GGCAGACGGUCUUCGCGCGUCGAGCUCACCGGUCGCUCUCUCACGGUCACGCUUCUGUCACGUCACUGCUGCGAGCCCCGACGAUUUCGCGACGAGGAAACGAGGACGGAGUAAUAUUCGCGUACGAUCACGUAUCGCGCGUCGUUCCCGCGACGUACUACCGACUCUCGCGCGGUGGCCCGCGAUUUCGAAUCGGCGUUUCACGCGGCGGCACAUCCCGCGAGAUUCUCUGAGUUUUUAUUGUGUUCCUCCACCCAACCGCGGAAACGGUUGCGAGCGACAACGUGAAGUUCACGACUGGAGAAUUUGGUUUUGCGACAAGUGCUUCUAUUUCUUCUGUAUAUGUGCGCCGGAGCUGCGAGCGGCCGCAUCAGGAUGACGACGAUCACCGCCUGGGCCUGUGUCAUCGCCGUGCUGUGUUCAUCGAUUAUUGAAGCAAAAUCGAGUACAUUCAUAGACAUCGAUCCGAAAAAAGAGACGGCCGUGCGAGUAGGCGAGAGUUUGCAGAUUCUCUGCAGCGCCCCACAACCACUUCGCGUUUGUCGCGUAGAAAUUCCCGGCGAGGGUAGCAUUGUGUUAAAUGCGAACGAACCGUCGGAAGACGGCAUCGAGUAUUACGGCAAUGGACUAAAUAAUGGCCAGUGCGGCGUCCGUAUCGCUAAGGUGAAGGAAAUUCACGAUGGCAUCUUCAAAUGCUCUUUGACGGUCACCAAAGCCCGGCAAGAAUCGACUGCUUCUCUCAAGAUCAUUGUUGCGAGACCGCCCAACAAACCCGAUCUUCGUACGAAUCGCGGAAGUCUUGGCGGGACCCGAUUCAGGAGGGGCGAAAAAUUGGAAAUCAGCUGCAGCGCCCCGUCUGGACGGCCAGCAGCGAAUGUGUCCCUGUUUCUCGACGACGAACCGAUUGGCGAGGACAGGAACACCUUCUAUGACACGAACAUAGACGACGACUCGUUGGCAGUGCAGAACGCUUCGCGCAGUUUAGAAUGGACAGAUAACGGUAAAAUAUUAAGAUGCGUAGCCAAUCACAUCGCCCUCGAAAAGCCCAAGGAGACGGCUGUGCAACUCGAAGUAUUCUAUCCACCUCAGGCACAUGCGACCUUUGAACGCUUCGGAUACGUGGUUGGUAGACAGGGAAUCAUCAAUAUUACCAUUUAUGCGAAUCCUAGGCCGCGGUUCACAUGGCGAGUGAACGAUGAAAAAAUUGAUGAAGGUCGUCCCGACGAGAGUAAUCGAUUGGAAACUUCAACCGCCGUCGAUUUGGGGAAAGGAGCAUGGAGCGUAAUUCUGACGAUCGACAGCGUUCAGAAAUCCGAUACGGAAAAGGAGUACACGUUGGAGGCGACCAACAGCGAGGGAUCGUCUGAAUAUCGUAUCGUUUUGUCGACAUCCUCAGAACCGGCGGGACCGCUCAGUAGCCUCUAUGGUAAGCUCUCCGAACACAUGCACGCACUAGGCGUUGAUUUGGACGCUGGAUCCAUCAUCGGUAUCGUCGUGGGCGUUCUGGUGCUCGUACUCAUUAUUUUCCUCGUAAUCUUUGCACGCGCGACCGGCCGCUGGUGCUUUGCAGCGAGGCGUCGCGGCGACGAGGAGGCUGCGGGUGACGUCGGCGCCGGAAGCGAGGCGCACAUCACGCCCGGCGACGAGGACGACGAGGAACAGGAGGACCCGCGUAUCAUCGACGAGAAGGUGCCGCAGGGUGGCCAAGAGAAUCCGAUACACACGAGCACCGAGUACGUGAACGGCCGUACGGACGUCAAAGACACCAAGAAGGACGAGAAGACGGACACGCCCGUUUAAGAGAGGAGAAAAAACAGAAAAGAAAAAAAGACAAGAGAAGGGACGCAUUCCUCUUGCCUCGUUUCCUCCCUCUCUCUCUCUCUCUCUCUCUGUCUAUCUCUCCAUCUCUCUUUACCUAUCCUUCGUACGGGAAAACCGAGCUGUCGCACCUUACCACACGCCACGCCGGACUUUAGCAGUAACGACCCAAGUUUCUCCCUCCGGUGAUUUCCGUUUUUACAUCGCAAAACGCGCGGACACUUCUGUUAAGCGUCCGCGAUCGGAAAGUGAUCGUCGUGGAGCAAGUAUAGCCGGCGCGAGUAUACUAGCCACUUGCUUAUACUUAUUCCCAUUCUCACGCGAGCAAGACAGAAUAAUUUUUAACCCUCUCGUUCUCCGUCUGUAGAGCCGGAUGAGCGUAUUAAGAGAUUACGAUGUAAGAGUACAUAAACUAGAGACUUAUUAUAUAAAAAUUUUCCCGUAAAACGACGGCUUCGUCGUGUAAUUGACUUGUUUGAAUGUGAUUCUCUGAAAUGCCUAGGGUAAAUUGUAUAACGGUGGAUUUAGAAGGAGAUUAAGAGAUUAUAUAAGAGAAAGAAAAGAAGAGAAUAUAUUAUAUGAAAUUAAAAGAAAUAUAUAUAUAAGACAAGGUGUAUUCUAUUGUAUUACUGUAUUAAUAAUCGAUACACAUAUAAGUAUAAAAGUGGUUUUCAAAUGUAAAGGUAAUUUGGAGAUGAGAGGGUUAAAAAAGCAGUACGCAUUGCCUAUCUUGACAAUGCUCUACAAGUUGUUAAUAUUUAAUAUACUUAUUUUAACAAUUGAGAAAAAGUAUUUAAAGCUGUAGGAGACCUUUUAUAACAAACGACGAUGAUGAAGACGAUAAACUUUUAAACAUUAUUUUCCCAUAAAUUUUUUCAGUUUCUUUUUUUACCACGUUAACUUUUUCUUCUUAGAAGCUGCAGCGAAGAAAACUGAACUCUUUCUCAAUUCUCACUUGUAAUCCCGGUGGUAAAUUUUCUAUUGUCGAUACACUUGCCUUUCAACCUGCGAACGCCUUUGCAACGUACGAGAUAGUCAUUUUAUUAAAUAUAAAACGAUCGCGAAAACUAUAGCCAUUGUAAAUUUGUGCGCGCGUCAAAUCGAUCGACAGCGAGAGAAUGGUUUUCUAAAUUUCCAAUUGGGAAACGAAUUAUGUUUUUAAUCGUGCGUCGUCUUCUCAUUUUCUCUGACGACAGCUGGUUAGGCCUUCGAGUACGACCGUAAGUGUUCGCGUUCGAGGAAGCUUGGAUCUUGAUCCGUCGAUGUAUUCGGCUAUGAUGUUCCGAAUCUCCUUUAUUCAACCGUCAGUAACAACAAAAUUGUCUGGCGAAUCCGAUUUUUGUGUCCUUCUUUUUAUGAUCUAUGCGUAUUAACAAAAUCUCAAAGUGAUGCGAUACGUGAUUUUGCUGAUACGCGUACACGCGCGCAUAAUUUUUGAUUCCUUAUUUUGCUGGUAUCUGUUAAGAUUUCAAGAACUGAAGUCGACCAUUACUCUGAUCGAUUGUAUCGAUUAUAUAAUUUCGAUUAUAAAUUAUUCGUUUUAUAUAAAAUAUUUUAUAUAAAUUUUAUACUAAUUUUAUACAUUAAUAUUUUAUAUAAAAUAUUUAUUUAAAAAAAAACUAGAGUGUGGAUCUGAUGUGAAUCUUGAAUUUUUCCUUUUUUUUUACGGAUCUGUAAGUGUCGAGAUAUACGGAAUGGCGAUCAAAAGAUUUUCGCCGCGAUUUAGUCGCCACUGGACGCAUGUGAUUUUUCAUGCUGGACAUUAGCGAUAAUUAUGAUGUAGUUAUAACAAAUUUCGCGGGGACGUGUCGUCCUCGGGUCACGAUAGGCACUCACGAUAACCGGAACAAAUCAAAUUGCGCAGCCGAGCGAACUUUUUAUAAACAAGAACAAAUAAUGACACAACACGCGUACACACAUACACAUUUGUUACAGACGACGAGACAUUACGCAUACGCACGUACGCAUCCAAUUCCGGAAAUACUUGCACGUGUAUUAUAUACCGAAUGAUUUGACAGACGCUGUAAUCUUGUCUGUAAAGAAAGCGAGGUGUUCUAUUUCUGUCCGUAAUUAAUCGUCAAUUGCCAGAAUCUUUUUUUAACGAAAACGAGGAAUUAUUACUUGUUACAUUGUUUAAAUAAAAUGGAGUUAAUAAUCAAAGUAAAAUUUUUUUACAGUAAAAUAAAGUUUUAAUUUAAAAAAAAUAAUAUUAAAAAGCUAAAGUCUAAAGUCUCUCUCUAAAACCUAAUCUUAAAUACAAAAAUUUUUUUUGGCCAAAUAAUCCUAUAUCAGAAUGUUCGUCUCCUAUUUUUAUCUUGAAAAUUUUCCAUUGAUAUUUAAUCUGACAGAGAUAAAGACACUUUUAAAGCUUCUCAGCGACAUAUUCGUGCAGGAAAUAACACGUACGUGCGUAUUACUGUCGUUAAGGUGAAAGAACCACAUUCCUUAAGAUACUCCGAAUUCACUAGAAAUGUUUUCAUAAACGUGAAUUUUUGUAGGAAACGUGUACAAUACUGUGAUCACACAUCUUUCCGUUCUAUUGCGACAUGCAAUAACAUGUUUUCGAUGAUAAUUUUCGAGAACGGUCAAAUUUCGAUGAAAUGAUUUUUUUUAUCUCAACGCACUCUGAUCUUAGAGCUACGAAAUUUUUACCACGAGAUAUUACGAAUCAAAGAUCUCCACAACAUAUAUACGACGAAAGCAAAUCGAACAAUAGGAACAAUUGCGAGACACGUGAGAAAAUUAGAUCGCGAAAUUCGAGAUCGAAAUGUGUGAUCGUGUCUUUAUAUUAUCCUACAGAACUGUUAUUAUCCAGUGUCUUUUGUACUGUAACAUUUUUAUGAAUAUUGUAACAUUCCUGGCGUUUUACUCUUGUGCUUUACUUUUCGGGAUUACACGUGUACACGUUGUGGUGGUGUGAUGUGAUCCCCAAAUGUACCAUCCGCGACUCGAAUGGUGAUUCCAUCCGAGUAUGUGCCCUCAAUUUCGACUGUUGCGAUGGUAGCUCGAUCGGCCGAUAAGGGCGACGAGUAUUUUUCCGGAAUUUGUUUAUAAACUUACAAUUAGGCGGCACGGCGCUCGCUAGAAAGCGCGUUUGCUAAUUAGUGUGGUGCCGGGUUGCCAUCUCGAUAGAGGCACACGCGGCCACCACAACUUAAAUGUAUUUUAUCAGCGAGAGAUCUUUUUACAAGUUGUAUACACAUAUACAUUAGAGAGCAAUAAGAUCAUUGCGCGAGUAUACAGAAUGUUGCGUGAAUUCUUAAACAGGAAUGCAUCUAAUGUUACAUCUAAUUCCAACGAGUUUGUUCAGGCAGAAGUCUAUCGAUUUGUCCAAAAAAACGUGAAUCUCAAAUGAAUCUCAAAAAUACACAUUUGAACUUUUAAUUUAUGCUCUAUUAGAAAAUUGGAAUUUUCUUGCUAUUUAGUUUUAUUUCCUGUUUUCCUGAAAUUUACGAAACAUUCUGUACAUAAUUACACUGAAACGUUUAACAACGUUUCGAUUAUUGCGACUUUAUAAGAUGCGAAUUCCACUUAGAGAGAAUCUCAUUUGCGAAACGAAUUAUAUGUAAUAAUUAUUGCGUUUUAUAUAUAAAAAGUGUGAUUUUAUAUGCGGCAUUUAAAUACGAAAGAUGCAUUCGAAUCCGACCGUGGAUCAUACGAUUGACGGAUAUAAUCGAGCCAAUAAGAUUUAUAUAUGAUAUUCUUACGAUAUAUACGAUAAAACAAAUUAUAUCCCUCCAAACGUCACUAGACAGUAUUAUAUGUAUAUCAACACCGACAGUCUCCGUUUGACGUAAUUUUUCAUUCUACAAUAUUUUCUACAAUACAUGGCUAUUUGUAAGAGCGGCAUUUGUGGUUACGUAAAUAACUGCAGAAUUUUUAUAUAAAAAAAGACGUAUUUUUUAGUUACUCAGUAAAUUAAACUUUUUUUUUUUCAACAACACACACAACCUAUUUCACUUGUUGGAUGGCAAGUAUAAUUAAUGCGCUGUGUAUACAAAUUGAAUCGUAUCUAGGGGAAAUAUGAUAUGAGUUUUAUAAGUACAAUUGUGAUAAUCAAAUUUUCGAAGCUUGUUAUAUUAAAAAAUUUGUGCGAUAGAUGUUUCACGGUGCGAUUCACUUUCAUGUUAAAUAUGUCAGCGGUACGUUAAAUAUAUUUUCCAUCCAACGGCAUUUACAUCCUGCGGAAUUAUUGAGAGGUUUGCAUCGAGCUUUUGAAGCGGUAGAUUUCGGCGAGAAUUAAAAUUGUGAUAGAAUUACGUUCUGAAUAAUUUCGAAAAAUUCCUGGCAGAUUGAGCUCUCAAUUCUUGUAAACGAACAAAAAUAUUUUCCUUUUCUAACAUUGAAUCGAAUUUAAUUUAAUACAGUUUUAUUUUUAGUUAUCGAGAUAUUUAACGUUAAGACAUUCGUACAAGAGAAUAUGCUCUCAUUUCGAUGCAAACCUCACGGAGACGUUCUAUACGCAUUUACCAGAAAUACUUUCUGCGGCGCAUCAAUAACGUUACGAAAGAAAGGUAAAUUCUUAUUGUUUCCUUCGACAAUAAGUGUCGUUUGUACUUUUGUACAGGUGACUUUUCUUCAGCUAAUCACCAAACGCAAUCGUGCAAUUUUAAAUGAAGUACUCGUACAUAUUUACACACACACACACACACACAAUACAUAACGUAGGUCUCGUCGGCAUCGCGUAAAAAAGAAAAUCGAAUAAGAACCAAAGGGCGGAUUUUCUCAUGUUCUAUUCAUCGAUUCAUACAUUUCCGAAUUCUGCACGUACGCUCCUCCGCUGUUUCUUUUUUUUUGCCCGGAUGCGCGUUCGUGUGUUUUCACUUAUACAAGAAAAGAGCCGUGCUGAGACCGACACGGGAUCAUCUCGAGAUUCUCGUCAGAGAUAUGAUACGAUUAUUAUGCAGAAUAUUGAUAAAGAAUUGAUCGAAUUUCGUUUGGAAGGAGAAACGCCGGUGCAGUUUGUCGGUCGACGGUCGAAUCUCUACUGCGUGUUGUACAUACUCUAAAUAUAUAUAAAUAUAGAUAUAAAUAUAAAUAUAAAUAAAGAUAUAUAAAUAUAAAUAUAUAUUAUAAAUAUAACGGUACGAGAGUCGCGAAUAAAGACGGUAUUAUAUAUUCUGCGUCGGGGGCACUUGGCUUGCAACUCGUGAAACGCCGAUCGAGUUUAAGUGACACACUUAUAUCCGCGCUUGCACUCCAAUUGCCGGGUCGACCUGUCGUUAUUAUCCGUGAAACUUUUUCAGGGUGAAAGAUAUUAUUGGGGGGGGGGGAGGGGGCAGAAAAUGUGUGAGAUUUACUUAACGGGAGUUGAUAGAACUUUUUUUCCGAAAAGGACGACGCGCGCGCGCGCGGGAUAGACGCGAUAAUGAUACGUCAGUAUUUUGUAAUUGGGACGACCGACGUCAUUUUUACGCGUCGCGUUCUAUAUACGAGGGUACGAGCCUUUCCCUUAAUACGGCUCGCGUAGUAAAACGAGGGAAAUGUUACGCGUUCAGUUAUAGAGGGCAUUUAUCCUUCCGCCUCUCUCUCGCGUGCCCUAUACUCAGCCGUAAGCUCGUCCCUUUAUUUCCCUUUCCCGUCUAUAUUUCUCCGUAAUAUAUAUAUGGCAAAAGUUUCUUCCGCUAUUUCCGCUCUCUCCGCUUUCCAGCGAUAUUGGAAGCGAAGGGAGGAAAGUGUCGUAAGAUACCGUAGAAGAAUGACGUCGGUUGUUGCACUUGCGAGUUACUGGACAUACCGCGGCUACAUUGCCAACGGGGGCGGGCCCCGUUCGCGAGGGUACGUUGGUUCGCGCCGUCACACAGAGGCUGUCUCGCAUCAGUUUUCAACCCGAGUAUAUCGAGAUUUGUUAGUAUAUAUAAUAUAUAAUAUAUAGUAUAAAUAUAUAUGUGUAUAAUUUAUGCAUUAUAUAUGUAUAAUCACGGUAAUAUAUAUUAUGUAUACUAAUGUCAGUAUGUUAAAUAUAUGUAAUAGAGCCUAAAAGAAAAACGGGGAAAGGGGAAAAUCGUGCGUUUAUCUAAAAAAAAAAAGACAUGAAUGGAGGAAGAUAUCUGCAUAUCUUCACACAUCGCGACGAUCUUGUUUUAGCGAGUGCGAACGCAAGAGCGAGCACUAGGGCGACCCGAAUUUUUUAUAUACAUAAUAAGUAAUAUAUGUGGUCACACAUCCGAUUUUUAAAUGUUUUACAAUAUUCCGAUAAAAGCGAGAGGUCACGUGUCGUUUCCCGAAAAAGGAACGACGCGAGGAGAGAACUGAUCGAAAACUGAUGAAUGUUCAAUUUUUCCGUCUUAGGCUAGGCUAUAUACACGAAAUCCUCACUAUCGGAAAAUAAUAAACGCGCGUGAAUAAACGACUAUCGAGACUCUUUCUCGAGUCUAUCGGAAACUUUUGCUAAUUGAAAGUCGCUCUCAGCACAUUAAACUCUUAAGCAAAUAGUAACAGUCUAAUUGGAGACUAAUUAAACGAUUAUUAGGAGAAUAAUUUUUUUAACGAGCGAAACAGAGAUUGUCGUAAAGAUCUUGCCAGAUUUGUUCUAAAAUAAACUUCGAAUUUAGUAAACUCGAGUGUUGAAAGCCUUUCAUUGCAGCUUAAUCUCUAUCAAGACAAGAAUAACUUAUUCUUUUAUCUAAUUUUAGUUUUGUCUGUGAGUUGUUUUGAUUUUAUCAGCUGUUCUACAUUUCAAUCAGUCGCUGUUACUAAACUUACAUAAGGCCACCAUGAUAAGUGUUUCAAUAAAACUCACGAGAUUAGAUAAAAGCUCGAACAGAUCCGGAAGUAUGUAUAGCGAGAACAACGUCGAAGAACACUGCCAAAAAUACCGAUACAUAGAAUUUUUUGUCAUACUUACGAAAUGCCAUAAGAGAAAAAUGUCACGUACAACCUUCACUCUUAAUCAUAUAAGUUACGAGCUAAAAACGAUAAGAACGAUUACUUGUGAACCGCAAUACACCCGCUUACAUAAAAUUAUCGGUGUUUACAAAAUGCGUAACAUGCAAGUAUCGUCGUAGACUGCGACUCGUUCCGAUUUAUGGCGCUGUUUAUCUCAUUUAUUCCGAUCGAGAGAUCGUUAAACAUAAUCUUGUCGUCGGUAUAAUGUGAAGAACAGAAAGGAGACGCGAAAUUAUUUAUACACGUGAAUCCACUUGCGUACAAAUCUCCCGAUAAAUUUUAAUACGUUUCAUUGAUAUUGAUACAUUUAUUGCGUAAUUCUCACUCUUAUAAUAAAUUAAUUGUAAUGUAACAAUACUUUUAAUGUGUACAACUUAAAUCUCGAUGAUCAUGCUUUCAAAACAUGUUUAUACAAUCGCGCGUAUGUGUGUGUGUGUGUGUGUGU